AUGCUGCAUUCUUCACAUCAACGCCGUCGUCUCUACACUGUCGUCUACUUAUUCAGCAUGCGCUUGGUUUUACUCACCGCACAGGUAAUGCUACUAGCGCCGGUUCUUCGCUGCAAGCAACGCGACAUAUAUCGAACCCAUUCCGCCUUCAGUUGCCUUGCAAUCCUGACAUUUUUGUUGUUGUGCAGCGCCGCACCAUUUCUACUACGUAUCAUCGCCUCAACGUACGAACUUGUAGGCGUCCAAUAUGACAAUAUUUUCGUGCUAAUCGCCAUGGUUUCUCAGGUGAGUGAUAUCGGCAUCGUGUUGAUCAGCAUGAUUUCGCAGAUUUGGCAACGUCAACGGUUGUGCGAUUUCUUAAAUCAACUACAAAGCACUGUGCAGCGAGUGCGCACCCUACGCGGUCGCAAUUUAGUGAGUGGAGAAGCGCUGCUGUUAUUCUGGUUGCAAUUGGGACUGACGCUGUACGAUGUACUCACGCAACUGGUCUUUCUAGCGAACUUGGCAUUUAAACUGGAUCCGUGGCAGUUUUUAGUGAAUCUGGCAUCAUUGUAUCUGCAGCAAUGCCGCGCAACACUACAACUUCUAAUUAUGGGAUCUGUGCUAUUGUUGACGGUUUGUUAUGAGCAGUUGGCGCUUCGCAUGGAUGACAUCUCGCAGGGCAUAGCUCUUGAGCUGAUACACUUUGAAGAGCUGAUUUCGUUACAGAAUGGGUUGGAUGAGCUUCUUCGGCAACUGCUCCACAUAUUUCAGCUGCCUCUCUGCCUCGUUGUUGGUGGGGAGUUCAUCAAUGUAUUGGCCAACCUAUACGCACAGCUUUACUAUUAUGUAAUAACAAAAGCUUUGUGGCUGGCUUUUCUUUUCUACUGCGCAAAAAUCAGCACAGAAUUGUAUUUACUCAUUCACGUGGUUCAUUUUUGCUGCGAGCGACAUAAAAACGUUAUAUGCCUUUUUCUCGAACGCGACAUUGACCUGGAGGAGGGAAUGGAGUGGCGUUUCGAAUUAACUCAUUCGGAUGCUUUGUGGCCGCAGCCGAUUAAAUUUUACAUUCUUGGCCUUUUCGAGCUCGAUAACAAAUUUUGGCUAUUCCUCCUCGCCUAUUCCGUGAAUUUUAUAGUAAUUAUUUUACAGUUUGGAUUUUAUACAUAA